UUGGAUGGUGUGAACUACAUCUCCCAGAGUGUGUCAGAGCUCAGUGUGAAACCUGCUAAAGCUGUCACUUCCUGGCUCACCGACCAGAUCGCCCCGGGCUACUGGAAACCCAACUCCCUCAUCCUGAGGUAUGUAGGGCAGUCAGAUGUACUUCAUUCCAACCCAGCGAUUCCCUAAGUUCUCAAGCCUCAGCUGUGCAGUCAACAUCUUUAGACAUGUCCAUGCUGUCAAGGCUAGGUGACCAGUUCUACCGGGAGGCCAUAGAACACUGUCGCAGCUACAACGCCCGUCUGUGUGCCGAGCGAAGCGUCCGUAUGCCCUUCCUGGACAACCAAACUGGCGUGGCCCAGAACAACUGCUACAUCUGGAUGGAACAGCGCCACCGUGGGCCAGGUCUGGGUGCUGGACAGAUGUAUGCGUACCCAGCUCGGUGUUGGAGGAAGAAGAGGCGGCUUCACCCCCCUAUGGACCCUCAGCUACGACUCUGUGAACUACGACUGGAGGCAGAGCUGGCCCCUAAGAGGGACCCCUCCCCAGGAGAGGCCACAGCUCUGGAGACUCUGCUCAGAGGGGAGGGACAACUGGAGAAGAAGAAAGACAUCAUCAAGGAGGACGAGACCCUUCUGGAGAUACAGAGGGUCUUGGAGGCUGACGAGAAUGGGGACGAUUUUCAUCAUGACAAUGAGGACUUUGAAGUGGACACUCCGAAGAGGAAGCAGAGGAAAGGAAGGGGCCGAGGAUCCAGCCGCAGGAGGGCGGAGGCUGUGUCCAACGACGACGUGGAUAAACCUUACGUCUGUGACAACAGAUACAAACAAAAGCAUAACUCAAAAACUGCUGACUCAGUCUGUGGGAAGCGCUAUAAGAACCGUCCAGGUCUGAGCUACCACUACGCACACACACACCUGGCGGAGGAGGAGGGGGAGGAGAGGGAGGAGAGGGAGGAAGAGAUGCCACCGACCCCACCACCACACCGACCAGACCCAGACCCCGACAACCACAAACCUCAGAGGGCGGCAGAUGGCUCCAUCAUCCCUAACGACUACUGUGACUUCUGUCUGGGAGACUCUGACUCUAACAGGAAGACUGGCCAGGCUGAGGAGCUGGUGUCCUGCUCUGACUGCGGCCGCUCCGGCCACCCUACCUGUCUGCAGUUCACAGACAACAUGAUGAUGGCGGUGAAGACCUACCUGUGGCAGUGCAUUGAGUGCAAGUCCUGCAGCCUCUGUGGCACCUCAGAGAACGACGACCAGCUGUUGUUCUGUGACGACUGUGACAGAGGAUACCACAUGUACUGUCUGAAGCCCCCCAUGACCCAACCUCCUGAAGGGAGCUGGAGCUGUCACCUGUGUUUGGAUCUGUUGAAGGACAAGGCCUCAGCCUAUGAAGAGCCAUAGCUUCUCGAACACACACACACACACACACAAUGGAUUUACAGGCUCAGGGGUGCAUAUUCAGUCUCAUCUCGUUCAGCUUCUCAGUUUCUAUCUCAGUACUAUCCUCUACCUCUAAAGUUGAAACAAUGUCAUGAUGUGGGUUAUAAACACCACAAAGAGAAUCGUCAAAUAGUAAUCUUUGCUACACAGUGUUUGACACUAUGCUGUUCUACAAUGUAGUCUCUUCUGACUGUUAGCUCGCUAGAGAUGUUUGUGCUGAGGUAAAAAAGCAUUAUGUACCGGAAACAAGGAGAAUUUAUGUCUGUUUGUUUGAAUUUCAGUUUCCAGUCCUC